CACCCUACAAUUGUGAUGUGCAAAACAUUUUUUUUAUUUUAUUGACAAUUUUAGACCAUACUCGUAGUCUGUAAUCUGUAUAUAGACCAGAAAACGCAUACAAAGUUUUGCAAUACUAGUACAAGGGUAAAUUUAAAGGAUGGAAAUUACCACCUUUCUGCUGUGCAUGUUAAUGUUAGUCUUAAUCAUGUUCAUGUGGAGACGAAGUUCAACAAAUUUUCCACCUGGAAUUGAAGGCAUUCCUUUGUUUGGAUGUAUACCAAGUCUCGGCAUGCACAAAGAGCGAACUAUUGCCAAGUGGGGGCGUGAGAAGGGUUGGCCUAUUUUCUAUCUAAGAAUGGGCAUUACUAAAAUUGUGGUACUCAACACUUUCGAGAGCAUUGAAGAAGCUUAUGUAAAAAAAGGUCAGUAUUUUAUUGACCGUCAUUUGCCCAUAUUUCUAAGACAUUACAGCACGGGUAAAGGAGUGGUGUUUUUGAAUGGUGAGAAGUGGAAAGUACAACGAAGAUUCGGCAUACAUACCCUCCGAGAUUUAGGAAUGGGAAAAAGUGGAAUGGAAAGUAAAAUCGUUCAUGAAAUUGAUCAUCUGAGUGAAUAUUUGGUAAACAACAAUCAAGAAAGUGGUUUAGUAGAUAUCACACCCAUUAUAACAAGAGCUGUAUCAAACAUAGUAUGCCAACUGGUUUUUAACCGCAGGUUUAAUCUAGAUGAAGAGUUUUUAUUCAUUGAUUCCGUCAAUAAUAAGUUGAUGAAAUCGGUAACUACACUAAAGCAGAUCAUGCUCACAUUACAGCACAUUCCAAUCUUUAAUCGAAUUCCAGCCAUUGCCAAAAUAAAAAAAUACCGGACUGAUCUUGCCAACAACCGUUUGCAGCGAAUGAGAAAUUAUAUUAAAUCACAUAAAGAAACAUUAGACAAAAAUAACCCGAGAGAUUUUAUCGAUGCAUUUCUUAUUGCAAGCGAGGAAGACAAAAGUGAGGAUACUUCUUUUGACGACGAGCAACUGCUUUAUUACAUCCAGGAUUUGUUCUUUGGCGGAACAGACACAACAUCUUUCACUCUCACUUGGACCUUUCUCUACCUUGCUAUGUAUCCUGAUAAGCAGGAGCAACUGCAUGCAGAAAUUGAUGAAGUUCUUGGAUCCAACGGCAUUGUAUCCAUGUCUUGUUUAGAUAAGAUGCCGUAUGCUCAAGCUGUGAUGCAAGAGAUUUUCCGUCUGCGUCCACUGGUCCCUCUAAGCAUGCCACGAAAAACUCUCUCCAGGAUAACCUUAAUGGGGUACGACAUACCUAAGGGAACAGUUUUCAUGCCUAAUAUCUGGAGUGUCCAUCAUAAUGCUGAUCGGUGGCCUAACCCUGAAGACUUUAUGCCAGAACGUCAUAUUGACAGUGAGGGAAAGUUUGUAAAGUCUAAGGAGAUUAUUCCAUUUUCUCUCGGCCCACGGAACUGCUUGGGAAUCAGGCUUGCUGAGAUGGAACACUUCAUGUUUAUGAUUGGAUUGCUUCAGAAACUCCACUUCUCUCUUCCCGAAGAUCAACCCCCUCCGGAUGUAAGAGGAUCUAGUUUUGUAGUUUUGCUUAUACCUCCUGAUUUUAAUAUGAAGAUCACUACACGUUGAAACACUAUUAAUUUUGAAAAAUGUCAAAAACUUCUCAUUACAGCAACAUUUGUCUGAUUUAUCAAAACAGCAAUUUCAAGUAAAGUUUUCCAUUAUGUGAAGUCAAUCUCAAACUCAAUAAAUUAUAUCUUCUAUGCUGUAAAA